AUGCAUCACUUUGAGGAAGAGCUGACAUGUUCCAUUUGCUACAGCAUAUUUGAAGAUCCACGUGUUCUGCCCUGUUCCCACACGUUCUGUAGGAAUUGUCUGGAAGGUGUUAUUCAGCUGUCGAGCAACUUUUCCAUCUGGAGACCCCUGAGAGUUCCUCUGAAGUGCCCCAACUGCAGGAGUAUUGUUGAAAUCCCUGCUGCUGGCACUGAAGCCUUGCCAAUCAACUUUGCAUUGAAAGCUAUUAUUGAGAAGUACCAGCAGGAAGAUCACUUGGAUGUCACCACCUGCAGUGAGCACUACAGGCAGCCCCUGAACGUGUACUGCCUGCUGGACAGAAAGCUGGUGUGUGGCCACUGCCUCACCAUAGGCAAGCACAACGGCCACCCCAUAGAUGACCUUCACAGUGCCUACAGGAAAGAAAAGGAGACUUCUGGAAAACUUCUCGAGCAGCUGACUGAUAAACACUGGACAGAUGUGUGUUUGCUUAUUGAAAAGCUGAAAGAGCAGAAGUUGCAGUGCGAGAGCAUCAUUCAGGAGGAUAAGAAAGCAGUAGUACAGUAUUUUAGGAAGCUCAGCGAUACCUUGGAGCACAAAAAACAAGCACUGCUGGCUGCCCUGGAUGAAAUUAACACCCACAUUUUGGAGGAGUAUGAGCCUCUUAUUGAGAAAUUGAAAAAAAUCAGGGGAGAGCAGCUGGAACUGAUGUCACUGAACACAUCGAUUCAGAAGGAAGAGUCCCCGCUGGUUUUCCUUGAGAAGGUGAAUGAUCUGCAUCAACGUGUGAGAGCUUUGAAGCAGAAACAACUGCCAGAUGUUAAACCUGUGGAGAUUCACCCGAGGAUUGGGUACCUGUUGAAAGAUGUCUGGUCUAAAACUGAAAUUGGGCAGAUCAACAAGCUUCUCACCCCAAAAAUAGAACUGAUCCCAAAGAGGAAGUUACGCAGCAAAGGCAGCGGGAAGGAAGGAAGACGACCUAAAGAACUUCUCCAGGCUGUAAAUCCUUUGGCAGGCCUGCUUCUGUUUGUGCUCCUCGUGGUAACUGUGAUUUCACUGCACAAAACGGCCUCAUCGGUUGCAAUCAAAGCUAUUCCUGCUUAUAUUUCAGAAUUCUUGCUCUUUAUUUAUCGAGAUUUCUGCUUCAAUUUUCAGAAUGUAGAGGAUGUGCUGAUGGAGUUUUUAGGGAGAAUUGCUUCUCUUUGUCUAUUUCAACAAUUCAAUUAA